AUGCGAGUUGUGUACGGACAUCAAGUGAAAUCCGACGACGACGCAUUCAUGCAACUUGCAAACAGUUUCGUAGACGCUGCUUCCAACUCCGGACCUAUAGGGAACACUCCAGUUGACCUCUUUCCCUGGCUGCGUUACUUCCCCUCUUGGUUUCCAGGUACAUACUACGCCAAAAAGGCGCGGUCGUGGUACAAAACUAUUCGGAAGAUCUACGAUAUUCCUGUCGAAUGUGUUCAGGUUGAGAUGAAAGAUAGGACGGUCACAAGAUCAUUCGUCUCGGAUAAACUGGAGGAGCUACGCGACGUCGAUAUCACUGGCCCAGAAGUACUCGGCCUCGAGGAGGUCAAAGGUGCCGCGGCCACCUUAUUCACUGCUGGGCAAGAGACGUCUUACAACACACUGACAGGGUUCAUGCUGGCCAUGAUUCUCAACCCCACCAUUCAGCAACGAGCGUAUGAAGAGAUCGCUACAGUUGUCGGCCAAGACCGUCUUCCAGACCUGAGCGACCGCAAAUCGCUUCCGUAUCUGGAAUGUAUCCUUCACGAGACCUUCCGGUGCGUGCGUUUCAUGAGGGCGAGUAAUUGUCGCAAGGUGGCAUAUCGCGCUUCCCUUGGGCGUUCCUCAUCGGGCUCAGCAAGAUGA